AUGGAUAUGUCGGGUAUGAUGGGGAUGGACAUGUCCAUGGCGGGCAUGUUCACCCCAACCAACAAGAAGGUGGCGCAUCUCUACUGGUACCUCGUGGCCGCCGUCGUCGGCGUCCUGGUCUUUCGUCGAGUCGUCGAUCGAGUGAGACUCUGGCAACAGCGAUCCGGCCAGCAGCAACCCCAGCGAAUAUCUGGACGACCCCAAAACGCCUUCGAGCAAUGCUACGACACCGCGAUAGCAAUCUGUAGGGAGCUUGCCUACCCGCAGUUGUGGACAUGUACCGGCAAAUUCAGCCGAUAUUUUACCCCUCCGCCGUUGGGCCGGUGUCUACUCCUACUCGCCUACUGGGCGAUGAUAUUGACCAUGCUGUGGUCGAAUGUCAUUCUUGCGCCUUCAGCGUCGGAUUAUGCCUACAGAUGGGAGAUUGUCGGCUUCCGCGCUGCGUGGGUGUCGAUAACCCAGCUGCCACUGAUAUACAUUCUUUCCGGGAAAGCCAACGUCAUCACGAUGUUGACUGGGAUUUCAUACGAAAGGUUGAAUUGGUUGCACCGUUGGGUUGGCCGGACGAUAUUCCUGACCCUGAUUGUGCACUGGGCAUACUUCUUCACCGAAUGGUCCAUUGCCGACUUUGUGAGCUUCGAGCUGAAAAUCAUGCCCAUGGUGAAGUACGGCUUCGGAGCUUGGGCAACACUGGGCUGGAUGGUGAUCACUGGGUUUGGGUUCUUCCGCAAUCUCUCUUACGAACUCUGGUUUUUGCAGCACCUUGCGGCGGCACUGGUACUGCUCUGGCUCGUACACAAACAUGUUCCCUCCUACGCGGCGUACAACGUCUGGUUCGCUGUCGGGGUUAUCGUCUUUGACAGACUGGUGAGGACGGUCAUGUCUCUGGUCAUCAAUCUGCACCUCAUCCCGUCGAAAGCGCAAAACAGUUCCCCAGGACGCCGGAUUGGUUACGAAGCCGAAGUCACCAGUCUCUCGAAUGAGUUUCUCUUGGUCAAAGUGCGAAACGUCGGAUUCUCGUGGCGCCCCAGUCAACAUGUCUAUCUGUCCAUACCUCGGGCGGGUGUAUUCGAAGCACAUCCGUUCACCAUUGCGAGCGUUCCAAGCUCGAUUUCUGGAGCAGAUGGAUCGAAUGAUGUUCAGCUGUACCUGCGAGUACACAAUGGAUUCACCAAACGAUUACAGCGACAAUGUCAAAGGCAACUGACGCCACGCGCCUUCCUAUCAUUCAUCAGCGGACCGUGGGGGAACCCUCCUUCCCUCGAGCGCUUCGAAUCCAUGGUCUUUGUCGCCGCCGGGAAUGGCGCAUCCUUCACGCUCCCUAUGUUCCAACACGCCGUCAUGAAGAACAACAACGUGAGGCGAAUCUCAUUCGUCUGGAUUUUCCGGCAGCCGGAACAACUUGACUGGUUUAAAGAACAGUUACUCUCAGCCUUGACGUUAGCGCGUCAGCGGAGUAUCAAAGUUAACAUUCACGCAUUCAUCACCGGAUCGGCGCGCGACAGCGUCCAAACGCCAUCUGAGAGGAAUUCGCUGCUCGGACAGCGAUCAAACCCAGAUCCCUCGAGGGACGAAAAGUCUGCUAAUGGCCUACUGUCGUCGGUAGAGAAGAGCGAGUCCAUCGACCUGUCCAUCAAGAAAGGAGAUGCCGGGAUUGUCAGGGAGAACUCUGUAUCCUCUGCCUCUUCUUCUUUGAUGAGCGAGCAGCCUAUGAUUUCCAUCAAUUAUGGCAGACCCGAUCCGGAUUCUCUCAUUCGUCCUAUAGUAGAAGAAGCUUGGGGAGAGACCGGCAUCAUUGCUUGCGGUGGUAGCCAUUUCACCGGGCAGAUGCGUAACUGUGUGGCAAGCCUGUCUGAUGAAAGAGGCGUUCACAAGGGAACUGGUGCCCAGGGUAUAUAUCUGUUCUGUGAAACUUAUGGAUGGUAA